CACUCAAUCAAAAAGAUCUCAAACUAGAAAACAAAAAACAUAGCAAUGAAUCAUUAGUGAUGCUAAAGAGUCGGCUCUUAUCGGUGAGCCGAGUCAAAUGAUCCGACUCACGGAGAAGAUUCGAGAAUUCCCAUCACUCUGUGCAGUGCGUUAAUGCAGGAGAGGCUGUUUUAAUGCCUUAGAGAGGAAUAAUUUAGCCCGAAAAACAGUCCAUGGAGGUAGCAAGCUAGUCAGCAGAGCUCAUCCACACACUAAGAGUAUCCUAUAGAGAGUGUUUGUGGAAGAAAACCAAAGAAAAAUCGACCAGAAAACGACAUAUAGGACGAAAUAUGAGCACAAUGUAUAGGCUACUGUAAAGAGUGAGCUGCAUAAGAGGCACUGCAGUGAUGUUCCGCCCUCUCACACACACACACACACACACACACACUCCAGCACCAGCACCACAAUAUUCUCUACUAUUUAUUGGUAAUAAUAUUCCAAAACACAGCAAAUAAGCCUCCUGCUUUAAGGACUAUGUUGUGGAUGUACAUCAUGGAUCAGAGUGUGUAGCAGGGAUGUAGCUCAGGAUCCUGUGGAGGCUCCAUCUGAUCUCCAAAACAAAGUCUGAAAUGGAUCAGCAGCAGGAGGCCACAGAGAACAUGAGAGCUGCUAAACGUCGGGAGCAGUGCAGCGUGCUGGACACUCUGAGAAGACACUACCUGUUCAUAUACAACCUGCUUCAGUUCCUGGGUUUCUCCUGGACCUUCAGCCUCCUGACUGCCAAUCUCAUACUACAUGGUCAAGGUGCUUUGUACAAUGCGUUUAGCUCCUGUGCCACUGCGCUCUAUGGCUGUCAGAUGUUGGCGGUACUGGAGGUGAUUAACGCAGCAGUCGGUCUUGUUAAGACUCCCGUCUUUCCCGCCAUGAUACAGGUGAUGGGGAGGAACGUCGUUCUGUUUGUGGUUUUCGGCAGUUUGCCGGAGAUGCAGGAGCGCAGUGUGGUGUUCUGGGUAUUUUACCUGUGGAGCAUCUCUGAGGUCUUCAGGCUUGCGUUUCCUGUGCUGAGUCUCGAUGCCAAGUUCAGGACGCUGAUCUGGCUCCGCCAUGCGCUGCUGUAUCCCCUCACCACUCUGACAGAAGCUGUUGCAGUGCUCCAGUCUCUUCCGCUGUUCGAUCAGACCAGACUCUUCAGCGUACCUCUCCCUGAGGCAGUGGGCUUCUCGGUCAGUUUCUCCUUCUCGCUCCGACUCUACCUCCUCCUCCUGUUUUUUGGAUUUUUCAUAAACAUUAGACAUCUGGUGAGCCCGAGCAGAAGAUCCUUUCGACUGAAACCGCACGCAGACUGAUGUUUACAUGGCGAUAUAUUGCUCUUUAAAUAGAUCUAUAGUACAGGGCUACACUCUCUGGAUUGCAGGAGGUACAAACAUCAGGUGAAGAAGUCUCAAUGUAAAGAUUAUUUGCUUUACAUUUCUUAAUAGAAUUUUAUAACUGUUGUAGAUUACUCUUAUAUCCCUAUAUCAGCUAGCGUAGAUUAGUCGUGGUGUUGAAAAAACAGUGAGAUAAAGAAAGCACUAUCCACAGAAAACAUGACUAUGUGACUACUACUGGUCGAUAAUAACAAAGAUUGUGCCUCGUCUGUGUGUAGUGCAGCAGGCGGUGGGAUUCGGAACCAGUUAGAGCAUCAGUGUGCAUCACACACUGUUAAGUGCAUUACGUUUAAACUUUACUACGAAUUAAGUGAAAACCUUUGUUUUGCAAAAGUCUGAUUUUUUCUCUAACUUAUUGAACCUUCAUUUCCUCUGGGCAACUCUGAGUAAAAAACUUCACCCGGUCUCGAUAAAUAUGCUUUUUCCCGGGCGCCCAGGCUACUGAUUUGUGAUGUAUGAUCCAAUAUUAUCUACAGAAAUAGACGAAGGGGCGAUUCAGAGUGAAAAACAGUAGUAAGGGUCACCCUGAAGUCUGUAUCAUAUUAUUUUCUCAGCACAUAGAUUGGUAUCACUGUGUGCAAGACUCAUACUCAGGUAGGAGGCGUGGCUCAACAUUUAAAGGCACAGUUGCACGUUAUUAAGGGAUUGGAUGAGUACAAUUUGAAUUUGAUUUGUAUUUUUUUUUUAAUGUAUUUAUUCUGCUAUUUAUUGAGGCUGUUCUACUGUAAUCCUUGUGCAUGAUUCAGUUCUUAUUGAUUUUUUACGUCACGCAUUUGUAUUAUAUGCACUGGUAUAUUAAUCUCACACAGUUUUAACAUCAGAAUGAUGUUUUUUUUUUUUUAUGGUGAUAAAGCUUUUAGGAUGCAAAACUCUGAGCUGAGUAACUCAGAGUAACUUUCCUGACUGUGUGUAUGUGUGUGUGUGUGUGUGUGUGUGUGUGUGUGUGUGUGAGUCCCUGUCAAUGAUCAUAAAUAACAAGAUGUAUGACAAUCAAAUUGAGUUGACAAGUGGCAGUUAUUUUAGCUAGAUGUAAAAAUAACAUUACUCAUGCUUGAACACUGAAUAUUUCAUCACUGAUUUUUCC